AUGGCUAUUUCUCAAGUCGAUACAAAAAUUAUCUUUAAAUCAAAUGAUAACCACGAAGAAUUUUUUGUAUUUGGAAAUCCUGAUUUGGUGCUAAAAUGGCGUAAAGAUAAGACAAUUCCAUUGGUAGAUGUUGUUCAAAGUUUCGAUGUUUAUGAAAUUGUUAAUGGUGGUAAUCAAGGUAUUGCUGGUAGACCUUCGAAACAAAGACUGGAGAAUACUUUUGGUACAUCAGAUACUACACAAGUGAUCACCCAUAUACUUCAACAUGGAAAUGUUCAUAAUAGUCAUAAAUCUAAUUCUAAGGAUCAUCGAGAUGAUUUGAAUGAAUUGGAUGAAUUGGAAUGA